CACGUGCCUCAGCGCAGCUCGGCGCGGUCCCCGGCCGCCUCCGCUCGCCGCUCCGCAAACGCACACGCAGUUCCGCGGGCUCGGGAACAUCUCACGCCGGGCGCCAUGCCUCUCGCGAGGAGCUCCGCUCGUUUCGUCUGCGCGUCGUCGUGCCAGUCCCAAAGUGUCUCGAUAAGAGCUGUAGCCGAGGAUCACGGUCCGGGAUCGCCUCGCAAUUCACCGACGUGUGCAAACUGAUUCUCUCGUCGUCUCUGUUUUGUUGUUGUGACUGAAUAGGAAAAAUCGCUAUAGCUUGUGCGAAAAAAACAUCUUUUCGCGUAUUUUUAUUUCCAAAUCUGUGACAAGAGCCUCGCAGCUGUAUUCGUUCAAGGAGUGGCUGCGAAAGUUAUGAGAUGCACCACCAGAAGCAGCAGCAGCAGCAGAAGCAGCAGGGAGAGGCUCCAUGCCGACAUCUCCAGUGGCGGUUAUCAGGGGUCGUCCUCUGUGUCCUCGUCGUAGCUAGCCUCGUUUCCACGGCGGCUUCCAGCCCGUUGGAUCCACAUCACCUUGCCAAAAGGUCCUUCUUCGACAUCCAGUGUAAAGGAGUUUACGACAAGAGCAUCUUUGCACGCCUCGACCGCAUCUGCGAAGAUUGCUACAACCUAUUCCGCGAACCUCAGCUCCACUCUCUGUGCAGGAAAGACUGUUUCACAUCUGACUACUUCAAAGGAUGCAUCGAUGUUCUACUUCUCCAAGAUGACAUGGAUAAGAUACAGUCUUGGAUAAAACAAAUACAUGGGGCAGAGCCAGGGGUUUAGAUCUGACUGUUUCAAGAGCCCAUACUUCAAAGGUUGUCUUCAGGCACUACUUCUGAUUGAUGAAGAAGAAAAAUUUAACCAAAUGGUGGAAAUACUGGGGAAGAAGUAGACUGCACAAGAACUCCCUGCAGGCUGGGAGAUAAAUUACGGAAACAUUCUAGUCUUUGAAAAUAUAUGUUGGAAGAGUUAGAUCUGUUUUUGUUUGAUUGAUUUUAUGUUGAUGCACUGGCCUCUGAGCCAUCAUUAAUGUUUUAAUUACUUUGUGAGUACACUAUCCGUGGGCUCAUAAUGGAGAGUUCUGGACGAGAUUUCAUCAUACUUUCAUUUCAUCAUGCAGACUGUCAUAUUUUCAUAUAUAAUUUAAAUCACUUAUUUAUUAGUUGUUUCUGAAUGAUUUGCAAAUGCACACAGUAACACACCUAUCGUUUUUCUCGAUAUUGUUGUAGCAUCAUCUGGUUAUAAAAUUUCCAAAAUUUUACAACAAAUUUAUAGAAAUAUCACUCAGGAACGAAGAAGAAGAAAUGGUGAUAAAGCUUAACAUAUAUAUUGAAUUAAUAUGGUCAUCUCAUGUUGGAAAAUUAAUAUUGAAUAUGAUUUUAAAUAAUGUCUUUAUUUUGUUCACCACGUGAGCAACUUUGACAUCGCACUAUCAGUGAAGUUUUGGUGGCAUCUUGUGAAGCAUUAUGCCAUGACGAUGCUGAAAAGUAUUAAUGUAUUUAUUUUUAAUAUAGUACUUCAUUCACUUAGUAGUCACACUCCUUAUAAUGUAUUAUUCAUCAUGCAUUUAUUAAAUUAUUUAAUGAAACCAUCUACAUACUGCAAAUCAUGUGAUUUGUUAAUUAUUAGCUAAAAGCUGAUGUGUUGUGGCAGUAUUAAAAAGAUUUGUAAAAAUGAAAUAUAUAUCCAGGAAACUGGUUUUUUGUAUUUCACACUAUCAUUCCAUAAUCAGUAUUCUUAUGUGUCAAUGAGGAAGAGACCUUGCCUUGUAUACAUUACCUCUGCAGUAUAGCCUAGUUCCUGCUCUGACACAUUUGCAAACAUAGUGCAAAGCACUGUCAGUAAGAAUAUGAGGAGCAUUUGUUUACCUGUGUGCAAGUAGGUGUGUCUUGAGUGUUUAUACUUAUUUUAGAUUAGCAUUGUGUCUUAAAUUAUUUCAGAAGUAGUUUAGUUUUACAACUCGUUCAUAUUUUAUGUGGAAAGAGAUUCUUUUGUGUAUAUGUUAACUUAUUACAAUUUUUUAUGAUUUGAAGAGAGUACGGGUUUAGUGUAUAUUUUUAUAUAAUCUUGUAAGCUUAUUGUACAACUGACUGUCAACUUCUUUUAUCUGAACAUCUUUGUGAGCCACAGAAAGUGUGCCUAUAUGUUUCAUACUACGUUGAAGCUUUUGUUAUAUACCAUGUCUGUUUAAACCUAAAAGGAAAAUUGGAAAAUAUUUUGGAGCCUAUUUUCUAAACAAUACAUCUGUUAAUUUUUGGUCUGGGAAAAUUAACUGAAUCCAGAAAUAUAUAUUUUCAAGCUAA